UCUCGUCCAGGUUCUUCCUCACCGCUCACCCUUCAAGAAAUCCUCACCAGCACCGCAGCCAACGAUGGACAAGACUCUCGACGAGAUGAUCUCCACCCGCCCCAAGACCGCGCGCCGCACGUCGGCCGUGCGCAAAGGCGCCGCCGCGAAGGCGCAAGUACUCGGUAAGGCCGCCCCAGGCCCCGUUCAAAAAGCCCGCGCCGCCGCGGCCAACGCCAAGCCGGCCGCGCCCCUCUCGGAGAAGAUCGUCGUCUCGAACCUGCCCGCGGAUGUGAACGAGCAACAGCUCAAGGAGCUUUUUACGACGACAAUCGGUCCGCUGCGCGACGUGACACUUACCUACGACCACAACGGCCGGUCUAAGGGUGUCGCCACCAUCCUGUUCCAGCGAAAGGGCGACGGCUCGAAGGCGUACGCCCAGUACCACAACAGGCUCAUCGAUGGGAGUUAGUAUACUCUCCUUCCGCUCCUCAGAUAUUCGUCCCUUUUAGCGUGGUCUCGGGUUCGCACUUUUGGCCGUGGAUGUCGUUUUUCGGGGAGGAGCCUUGGUGCUGGAGGGAGGCGCCGUCGUCGUGCCAAUCACCAAUGUCCAAGCCGACAUCCGCCGUUGCACAGCCACUCGCACGGUCGGAAGAAACGUCUCGGGGACCCGCUUCGCCUCCAGGUGUUGCUCCUAUGGUCCUGUCCACAAGCCUCUCGGUCUGAUCAGCCGAUGCUUUCGUGCGACGCCCGGUGAUCAUCACGGGCCGGCGACGUAUACGGCGCGAACACGCCCGACGUGGUCGUUCGGAGGACAGGAAGAGUCCCAAUGGCCUUCUACGAAGCGUGACGGCGUCUUCGUCAGCGCGUUGCGAUAGCCUCGCGUGCACAGAGAAGGCCGUGGGCGGAUGCUGCGGUUGACGCGAGUCGGCUCCCGUGGCGCUCACUGCUCGACGACGACGUGCAAGCAAGAACGGCUCGCGAUGACACGUUCGCGCUCAAGACUGGGCGACCUAGCCCCGUGACGUGGCACGGCGCCGCCCUUCGUUCAUCUUCGUUUUUUCCGCAUGGUCUUCCUCAAAUCUCGAUGCCCGAAACGCACGACUAACGAACCUGUCUAUCCUCUGCUUCUUGCUUAAUCUUCGCGCCGACUUUCGACAUCCACCCUCGACUCGACUCCGACGUGCAGAGCGCCCCAUGAAGAUCGAGAUCAUCGUGGACCCCUCGCGUGUUCCGGUUACGCCGCUCGCGGCCCGUGUGGCGCCCGCGCUCGCUACCGUCGCGGCGGCUGGCGGUGCUCCUGCAGGAGCCAGGACCGCGGGUCGUGGACGUCCCGGGCGCGGACGAGGUGGUGGACGCCGCAAGAACGAGCGUCCCCAGAAGACCGUUGCCGACCUCGACGCCGAGAUGGAGGAUUACACCGCUACGGCGGCACCGGCCGCCGCUGCUGUACCUGUCACCGGCGCUUGAUGGAAUGCGAUUUCUUGCUCGUCGCUUGAAGAUUGAUUCGCUUGCCAUGUCCCCGUUCGCUAUCCUCCCUGAUAUGUUACACAUACACAUAGAGCGUCCCCUUGCCUUUCGGGGCGGCGGACGUUGAUUGCUAUACCGCCUCUCGAUGUACUGUAAAUUUCUGGUCUACUACCUGACGAGUAUCCCAU